AUGGAAAACUUCCUUGACACAGAAACAAAAGCAGAUACGUGGGAGAAAAAGGAUUUCCGCUUCAUCAGUGAGGAUGAAAUGACCUGGUUUGAGUCUCGCGGUAUGAUGCCCAUCAAAGUACUCGCCGAGCCUGGUGACUUGAUUAUCUGGGAUUCACGCACAGUGCACUGGGGUGGUGAGCCCACGGCCGAUAGUAACACUAUUAGAACGGUUAUUUACGCGUCAUAUUCACCGGCGAAAUUGGCUACGCGGGAGACUCUUGAGCGGAAGAAAGAAGCAUUUGAAUCAUUCCUGGCAACCACUCACUGGGCACAUGAUAAUGUUGUCAUUCGUGAGAGAGAAGCUUGUUUCGACGAUGGGAGCGUGGAUCCUCGCAAUAGAUCUAAGCCUCUUGAGGAGCCUGAGUAUUCGGAUCGCUUGCUCCAAUUGGCGGGUCUCAAGUCUUACUGA